AUGGACGUCUCAACAUUCGCUCGAGAUCAUGUUCCCCAAAUCACAGCCACCAUAGGCCUGGUGACCUACGCCAGCACCCGGAGAAAACUCACCCUUGCCGGCAUACUCGCGGGAAUCUUGGUAGCAGGAAUCCAUAUGCUCCAUCCAUGGCCUGCGUUUUUCUGGCUGCUGAUUGUGUUUUUCGUGUUAGGGACUGGAGUUACAAAAGUGAGUGUCACUGCCUGGAAAGGGUUAGGUGUGUUAGGAGCUGAUGCUGAGAUGAUCGCAGAUUGGACAUAAAGCCAAAGCCCACGUCACGCAAUCUGCGACGGGAGGCUCCGGAGGCGAAGGCGCGAGGACGGCGAAUCAGGUCUUUGCCAAUUCUGGCACGGCUUGUAUACUCAUCGCGAUACAUGCGUAUCUGCUGAGGACCGGUACGCCUUUUAUUUCCUCCCAAGUUCCCAUCGCAGCGGGCCCGUAUUUUCCGGUCUUGCAGCGGGUGCUUCCGAUCGGAAUCGUAGCGCAAUAUGCGGCUGUCGCGGCGGAUACAUGUAGUUCGGAACUGGGCAUUCUGGCGAAGAUGGAACCGUUCAUGAUUACCGCGCCUUGGAGGAAGGUACCCAGGGGCACAAAUGGGGGUGUUACGGUGGAGGGGUUGCUUUAUGGGGCUCUUGGUGGUGCGCUUCUGACGUUGGUCGCGGGCGCGAUGUUGUAUGUGGCUCCGCCGCAUGUGGUACUGGAUGUACGGACUGGCUUGCUUCUGGCUGCUUCUGGUCUGGCGGGAAGUGUCAUCGAUUCUGUUCUUGGAGCUCUGGUGCAAGCGACUGUGACGGACAAGAGGACAGGGAAAGUUGUGGAAGGCGCUGGUGGUCAGAGAGUCAAGGUUCUUCCGGACGGUAGUAGGAUCCAGCUCGGCCAGGAUCUUCUCACGAACAAUGGAGUCAACUUUGCCAUGGCAGCUUUGGCAAGUGUACUGGCCAUGGGCGUCGCGCACGAGCUGGGAAUUGGAAUGUAG